CAGCCUUAGCACUCUCUCUGCCACGACCACAAAGCCGACCAUGCCACCGAUACCGUUUGCGCAGGCGGCGCGAUGCUGCGCUGCAGCGAUUAAGGCCCCCGCGAGGCAACCGAGCCUGGUCUCCCUCUUUGCCGCCCUCUCAGUACAGACACGGAGCGCAUCGAUCCUCGCGAACCUCUCGGACAACAAGGGCGCCUACCACAAGCGCAUUCGCAGAGGCCGUGGUCCCUCGUCCGGCUACGGCAAGACGGCCGGCCGCGGUCACAAGGGUACCGGUCAGCACUCUAGAAUCAAGCCGUGGUUCCAGGGCGGCCAGACACCACUCAUCGUCAGCCAUGGCCGUCACGGCUUCGUCAACCACCGUGCGCCCGAGAUGAUGGAAUUCAACAUCGACCAGCUCCAAACCUGGAUCGAUAACGGCCGCCUCGAUCCGACGAAGCCCAUAACCCCCCGCGAGCUCAUCAAGUCGGGCAUUGUAGGAAGCACGAUCAAGGACGGGAUCAAAAUACUGGCCCGCGGCGGAGACAAAUUAAAGACACCCGUCGACAUCUUUGUGUCCCGCGCAUCCGCCGCCGCGAUCAAGGCGGUCGAGGCCGCCGGCGGUAAGAUUGUGACGCGGUUCUACACCAAGGAGUCGCUUAAGCGGCUGGUCAAAGGGCAGAGCAUCAACACGGACAAGCCGCUUCCCGUGGGGCCGGAGCACGUCGAGAGCGUGCUGGAGCAGGUCCGGACGAGCAAAAAACACUACUAUCGCCUGCCCGACCCGACGAGCCGUGACGACAUCGAGUACUACCGCGAUCCUGCGCACAGAGGCUACCUAAGCCACACCCUGAAGCCGGGCGAGUCGCCCAGCUUGUUCUUCAAGGUUCCUGGCACCGAGGCUCCAAAGGCCAGGCCCAUGUCCAAGGAGAAGGCAGAGGAGCUGGCCUCGAGGCUGUUCUAGACGGUGGGGAGGGGGCUCUAGAGGGCAUUCUAGCAGGUCGCACGUGUCUUGUCCAUAGAACACAUGUAUUUUAUACGGAGGUUGGUCUGGGAAGACUUUGCAAUCCUAUGCCAAGGCUAGUGAUAGAAGAUGGUUCCAAUAGAUAGAAGAAAAGGUUGUAGUAUUAUAAAUAGUUCAAAAGCACGAUGUCUU